AUGGGUUUGUGUAGUUCAAAUGUUCGUUAGAAGGGUUAAAAGAAUUCUGAAAUAAGGUAAUUCAGUUAAUAGGAGAUUGGUAAUUUUUACAAAUUGGGAUAAGUAAUUGGUCGAGGCAAUUUUGCAACAGUUUAAAUUGGCUACAAGAUAGAUUAAGAAAAGAAUGGAUUGAAAGGAAAGUGUUAUGCUAUAAAAUGUAUAGAUAAGUAGAGGAUAAGUUUUGAACACAUCUAAAGAGAAUUGGAGAUUUUAUCAAGACUUGAUCAUCCAAAUAUUAUAAGAGUUUAUGAAGAAUAUGAAGAUGUAAAUCAUUUUUAUUUUGUGAUGGAGUACUGUAAGGGAGGAGAACUGUUUCAAAAGAUUAAAAACAAUGGAAUAUUAAAUGAAAGGAAUACUUAAAUAAUAAUGAGAUAAUUGUUUUCUGCAGUGAGAUAUUUACAUGAGAGAGGAAUAAUUCACAGAGACUUGAAGCCAGAGAAUUUGAUGUUAGUAUCGGCAGAUGGAGAAUUUGAUAUAAGAAUAAUAGAUUUUGGAUUAAGUAAAAGAGAGUAAGUUAUAAAAAAGCCAUAGUAAUUAAGAUCAAAAUGUAGACAUUAAACAAAGGUUGGAACUCCAAUUUAUGUAGCUCCAGAAGUGUUGAAAGGAAUUUAUUCUGAAACAUGUGAUGAAUGGUCAUUAGGUUGCAUAAUGUAUGUAUUGCUUUUUGGACAACCUCCGUUUAGUGGGUAAAAUAUUCAUUAAUUGGAAUAAUAAAUAAACAAACCUAAUUUAAAUUUCAAGCACAAUAUUUCAAUAGAAUGCCAAGAUCUAAUUAGAAAAUUAUUACAACCUAAUCCCAAUAAGAGAAUAACUUGUUUGUAAGCAUUGAAACAUCCUUGGAUGAUACGAGAUACUAAUUAAUUUAGGUUGCUAACUACUAUGUAAAGUGAGGAUAACAGUUUAGAAAUAGAAAGAAUUAUUGAAUUACUUAGACAAUAUGGUGAAUGUACUUAAUUCAAAAAAGAAUCACUGAAAAUUUUAUUAUCUUAAAUUACAGAUUUGUAAUACAAACAUUUAAAAUUGAAAUUUGAAGAAUUAGAUAGAGAUAAUUGUGGAACCAUUAAGGAAUUAGAAUUAUAAGAAUUUUUGGAUCAAUAAGGGAAGAGUAAAUUAUUGAAAUAAUUGUCGAUGAAUAAGUUUAGCUAAAAUGAUUAGGGAUUUUAUAUUUCAUACACAGAUUUUAUGGCAGCUUUAUUAAAUUAGCCAUUUUAUUUAACUUAAGAUAGAUUGGAAAAUUUAUUCAAUUGGUAUGAUAUAAAACAUAGGUAAUAUAUAUCCAAAAAUGAUUAUGGAAUAGCAAUGAAUAGAAGAGGUGUAGUUAUUAAUUAAGACAAGAUUGAGGCUAUAUUUGGUGAGUUGAAUUUGACUUUGAUAAGAUAUGAGCAGUUUAAACAAUAAAUCAUUAUGAAUUCAGUUAAAUAGAUUAAUAGGAGCACAAUAGAAACCAAAUAAAUAAAUGGAUUAAAAGCUGUGAAGAUAGAACCAUGCAUUGGAGAUUAUUGUAAAUUUUUAUGA